UAACAGAGCAGCACACAGCGCAUUAACAACAAUGGCAGCCAGCAACGUUAUCUUCAACCUCUCAAGGUCCUCGUUUCCUCAGUCCCAGGCUUCACGGUCCCCCGGUCACUCUGUUAAAACCUCCAAUGUCUGCUUAUUCACUUCCUCCUCCAACUUCUCCAAGGUUGGAAAUGCGGGUCAGAAGAGUAGGUACUCAAGUUCUCGCCGGGCGUAUGACGACAAGGACUGGAGCACUAAAGCAAAGCAAACCCUCGACGAAGAUAUCGAGAGUGGAAAACAAAGCUUCGAGGAACUAAAAGGAGCAGCGACGGAGUACGCCAAGGACACGGCGGAGAACUUAAAAGGCGCAGCAGCGAGUAUCGGGGAGAAGGCCAAGGAGGGGUCUGAUAAGGUAGUGGAGUCCGCAGAGAGUGUCAAGGAGAAGGUACAGGGGUAUGCAGAUGAUGCAACACAGAAGACGAAAGACGCGGCGGAGACUAUAGCAGCGAAGGCCAAGGAGGACACUAACAAGGCGGUGGAGAGCGCUGAGAGUGCCAAGGACAAGACUUUCAAUGCGGCGGAGAGUGGGGCGGAGACUGUGAAAGAUAAAGUGAACGAGGGGACGAGCCAGACGGCUGAGGCAGUGAAGAAUUUGAAGUUGUAAACUUGUAAUUGGUAAAUUCUGCUGCGCGGUGGUAUAGCAUGCAGCACCCUAUUUGUAAUUGACAUAUUUGCACGUACGUACGCAUGGGUUGAUGGAAACAUUAGCAUA